AUGGAAGACGUCGUUGUCAUCUGGCUCGACAAUCAUAUUGAUCAUAACAAUCCUGAUUGUCACGUAACACUUACACAACUCCAACGCAUUGCUGAUAAUGUCACUACAUUCACGGAUAAUGAUGAAUGCGUCGAGUUUAUAAUCAGCAACAAUCACCAUCGAGUAUAUCUAAUCCUUUCUGGUGCACUCGGACAAUAUCUUGUGCGUUGUAUCCAUGACAUUCCUCAGCUACACUCCAUUUUCAUCUUUUGUCAAAACAAAUCAUAUCAUGAACAAUGGGCUAAACACUGGUACAAGAUCAAAGACGUUUUCAUUGAUAUAAUAUCACUCUGCCAAGCCAUUCAGAUCACGUUUCCUCAAGAUGAGCCUAACACCACGCCAAUCAGUUUUGUGCCAUCUGGCAAAAGACUGGAUCUCCUCAAUCCAUCUUUCAUGUACACACAACUCUUCAAAGAGAUCUUGUUAACGAUCGAAUUCCAAGACAAACACAUCGAAGACUUUAUCAAGCAUCAUCCUGGACUAAUCACUCUCGAUAGUAACCAUUCCAGUGAUGUUAAGCAAUUAGUACGUGAAUACCAUGUAAAGAAGCCCAUCUGGUGGUAUACAAAAGGUACUUCGUUGCAUUCCAUACUCAACUAUGCACUACGAAUCAUGGACGGUGAUAUUCUUGUUCGAAUGGGAUUCUUCAUCACUGAUCUUCAUCGCAACAUUGAACAGUUGCACAAAGAACAGUUCGUUAACACAUCUUGGAGUUCUCUUGUGUUUACAGUAUAUCGUGGACAAGGUCUAUCUCACACAGAUUUUGACGAACUAAGAAACACGAUAGGUGGGUUGAUGUCAUUCAACAACUUCUUCUCCACCAGUACAAACCGCGGCGUCUCGUUUUCGUACGCGGAAAGUAGUGCUGACAAUCCCAAGCUCGUAGGAAUUCUCUUCACAAUACGCGUCGAUCCUUCACAGUCAACAACACCGUUUGUUCAUGUUGAAAAUCAUGGGUACUUUUCAGAAGAGACCGAAGUGUUGUUUUCAAUGCACACCGUGUUUCGCAUUCAUGACAUCAAAGUUAUUGGCAGUGGUCGACCAAUCUAUGAAGUGAAUAUCUCGCUUACUCUUGAUUCUAACGAAGAGUUACGCGCACUGACGGAUCAUAUUCGUCGCGAGAAUCAUGUUGAUGGUAAAGGAUGGGCGCGAUUAGGCCAACUGCUGAUUGAAUUGAGUCAACAAGACACGGCUGAGAAGAUUUAUGAUACUUUACUAAACCAAACAUCAGAUGACAGUGAAGAGGCAUUGAUCUGUCAUCAACUUGGUCGUAUCCGACAUCGGCAAGGCUUGUUUCAGGAAUCCAUAAUAUUAUAUACUAAAUCACUUAUGCUUCUUGAGAAAUCACUUCCUGCAAACCAUCCUAGUUUAGGCACAUUAUAUGCUAACAUCGGUUCGGUGUAUGAUAGUAUGGGUGAUUAUCCAAAGUCACUCGAAUACUACGGGAAAGCUCUUUCAAUUGACCAACAAUCACUUCCUGAAAACCAUCCUCUUUUAGCCACAUCGUAUGGAAACAUCGGUUCAGUGUAUCAUAGUAUGGGUGAUUAUCCAAAAUCACUCGAAUACUAUGAGAAAGCUCUUUCAAUUCGACAACAAUCACUUCCUGAAAACCAUCCUCAUUUAGCCACAUCCUACAACAAUAUCGGCUCGGUGUAUUAUAGAAAGGGUGAUUAUUCAAAAUCACUCGAAUACUACGGGAAAGCUCUUUCAAUUCGACAACAAUCACUUCCUGAAAACCAUCCUCAUUUAGCCACAUCCUACAACAAUAUCGGCUCGGUGUAUUAUAGAAAGGGUGAUUAUUCAAAAUCACUCGAAUACUACGGGAAAGCUCUUUCAAUUCGACAACAAUCACUUCCUGAAAACCAUCCUCAUUUAGCCACAUCCUACAACAAUAUCGGCUCGGUGUAUUAUAGAAAGGGUGAUUAUUCAAAAUCACUCGAAUACUACGGGAAAGCUCUUUCAAUUCGACAACAAUCACUUCCUGAAAACCAUCCUCAUUUAGCCACAUCCUACAACAACAUCGGUUCGGUGUAUUAUAGAAAGGGCGAUUAUCCAAAAGCUCACUUCUAUUGUGAACGCGCUGUUCAAAUUGUCAAAUGUUCAUUACCAUCAAAUCAUCCGCAUCUUUUAGUGUACAAAAGAAACCUGGCAUGUGUAAAGGAUGCACUGUGGCGUUCUUCUUUGACUCAUAUAAAAUAA